AUGGGCUCGACCUUAGUGCCAGAGAGUGUGUUUGUUAGAAUUGUUUUAGUAAGCAUUUGUGUUUUGGUUUCGCCGGUGCUGGCGGAUCUUCCAAAGACGACCGCAGCGGACGGGUUGACAACUAAGGUCACUAGCCGUGAAAAUAAAAAACCAACAGAACUUACUACGGUGACCGGUUUGAAUGACACCAGUGGAUCAACCGAAGCGGCAGUGGUGACGGGUGAAACAGAUAACGUUGGUCUCAGUACGGUGAUUGUGGAGUUGAAGCAUUACGGGACGCGGAAAUUCACUUUUCUCGAGCCGGAUCACAUUCCGAUCAGCAAUUUUCUCGAUCUGGAUGAAAAUGUUGACUUAGAGUUGCUGUUUACCGAGCAAGUUCAGGCCAACAAUUCGAGCCAGAACUCCAGCCCAGCGGAAAAUAUCGUACUCCAGAUCGAGGACUACGACGAUGAGGGCAACACCAAGAGCUACUUUCUGCACUCAUCGCCAUAUUCUGAAAAUCCCGCGAACGAUACCGUGACAACCUCAACAGUUUCAUCGCGAGUUUCAGGCUUCUUUCGGGACAUCCUACAGCGAUUGGGUGUCUACAAGUACAUCGUCAGCUACCGAAACCGGCAGAAGGAUGGCGCCGGAGCGCUGGCUCCCAAUCUGCCCCAUCGCUUCCAUCCGAAUUUCGUCAAUACGCCGAAAGGGUUGCGCAACCUGGCACUAUCCCCAGUUGAGGAGGAUCAGGUGACGACUUCGGUACCGCCGAGCUCGAGCACGACCGGAAAACAGCGACCCAGCAAGGGCCCACCGGUGCCGCCGCCGCCGCCGAAGAGCUCGAUCGGCAGCCUGUUCGAUCAGUUCAAGCAGCGCAUCAAAGCCAUCUAUCCGGGCACGGUUUGGUGCGGCGAUGGCAACCAGGCCAAAAGCGAAAAUGACAUCGGUUUUUUCUACCAAACCGACGUGUGCUGCCGGGCACACGACCUGUGCCCGCUGUCGAUCGCCGCCGGGGAGCAGUUCAAUCGGCUGCGAAAUAAUGGAUAUUUUACCAGAUCCCACUGUGACUGUGAUAAGCAGUUCUACAACUGCCUGAAGAACGCCAACUCGCUGGUUUCGAAUCAGAUCGGCUACACCUAUUUCAAUCUGCUGAAGCCUCAGUGCUUCCGGCACGAGCAUCCCAAGGUGGCCUGCUCCAAGAAAAGCAAAGGCCGAUGCCUGACCUAUGUGGUGGACGAAACGCAGGAAAAACUGUGGCAGUGGUUCGACAAUCUCAUCUACUAGUGGCCAGUUGCCACUGUUCUGGUGGCGUUACUUCCCGGUUCCUGCGGUUCCAAUCCAAAGAAUGCGAACGUGAGCUUACGACAGUACCAACACCAAA